GCAUUGCGUAGUUUCUUCACCUUUCCAUUCUCCUCGGACGAAGUUUAUCAGCAAGGUCUAGCGGACCUACUUGCGCACGGUGCACUGAGUGGCAAGACAGAUUCCGAAAGGGUCGAAAUCAUCCUUCGAACGCAGCUGUUUUACUUUAACAGAGUGGCCGGCCAAAAUUUGACCGUAGAGGAUGUUCGGUCCCAUCAGAAUACCGUGGACACCCAAAAUCUGACUGUGACCAUGGAUUUAUCACCUCCAUCCUCGGACUCUGGAGACGGCGAAACUCGUAUGCUGACGUUCGCCGAGUUGACGAUGUUGAUAGAACAGGGGAAGACAGAUAACAUACCAAAUAACAAGGUCAUCCCCGAGACGCUUAAUGACGCACCUCCCAGCACUUCCAUAGCUUUGGUGCGAAAGAAACCCUGGGAAGUUGACAGUUAA